GUCCGUUUUUUUUUUUCAAAGGUUCAAUCUUUUGUAAAAAUCGGUAAAAGGGAGAGGACGGUUUCUUUUCUUUUCAUUGAAAGAAAAACAAUAACUGAUGCUAACACAAAGAGCAAUCCUCACGUGUCUUUCUUUGUUGCGUACUGUUUUUGUUCUUUGAUCCUCUUUGUUUUGAUUCUUUGACGGUGGUGCUUUUUAAAUAUAUAGGGAUUCACAAGAGAGCAAAAGAGAAGCUUGAUUUUGUGUGUAGAGAAUAAUGGAAGGAAAUAAAAAAGUGGGGUCUUCUUCUUCUUCUUUAGCUUCAGAGCUAUUUGGUUCAAAAGACCCACCUUCUUCUUCUACUGGGAUUUUUGGCUCUAUUUUUGCUCCUCCAUCUAAGGUAUUAGGUAGGGAGUCACUGCGUCAUGACCUUAUUACCAAAAGGUACGAUUCACCCAAAGAGCCAUGGAACACAACAAAUCCAGGUCCCUAUGGACAUGAAGGUGAAAAUCAGAACAUGGGAAAUAGAAACAUUUAUGAGGAACAACGGGUUGAACCCUGUCAUUUAAGUUCAUCGAUCUUCUACGGUGGCCAAGAUGUAUGCUUCGAUCCCAAGAGUAGAGAGGACUUGGAAUUGAACUCCGUGUUUAACAAGGAUAUUGGAGAAGAUGAUCCAGGGUUUGCAUCAAGAGGAAACUGGUGGCAAGGUUCUCUAUAUUACUAGUACUUGUUUGCCAAUCAGGAUAUAUACUUAUAAAGGUACAGAGGAAGAUAUGGGCAACAUUUUAAUCUGUUUCAAGUUAUAGAUAUAGGAGAUGGAUUAUAUAGUAAAUCAAAUGUUGCAGAGAGCUGGAUUGUUUAUUACUGUCUCCAGCCAAGCAAUUAUAGUUAUUUGGUCUCCCUUUUAAGGAUUAUCAAACUUGCUUCUUAGUGACUAUAUAUUAUUAUGAUGGAUUGUUACUUUUGCUUGAAUGUAUGGUUUAUCCAUGGUUGAA